GAGAAAGUGGGUGCAUCAAUUGGUGCUCGAAUCGUACCCGAUCCUUGAUCUUCACCUCAUCAGAUGAGAUGCUCCCCAUAUUUUAUUUCCGGCAAAUAAUAAUUAAAUAAAUAAAAUCCAUCAUAUCGAUCUAAAAAAUCCCCAAAAUUUCAGAUUCCUCUUGUUGAGGUCGACGAGAUUUCGGUACACAGAAGCCCUAGGAAUCCAUUACUCCAAGUUCCUCGAUUCUCAUAGCCAUGGCGAUGGCCGUGAAGCUCAACCUGCUGCUCUUGCUCUCGCUUCUCACUCACCAAGCUAAGGGCGGAGGACAAAGGAUCUGUUGUCUUCUUUGAUUCGCCGAACCAGAGGUUUAUUCGUAGCAACUCGAUGGCGAUUGGAGGCCAGGGACAAACGUUAACAGCAAAUGAAGUUGCUGCAACUAUAUCUGUCUUACUUGGUUCUUCUCCUGUCCUGCUUUCUGCCGAUUCAUCAUUCAAGCUAAAUGAAAUCCUAUUCCCCAAUCCAUUUGACAGACCUCGUGCUGUUUUCUUGUUGGAAGUUACAGGACUUACAGAUCCUCUUUUAGCUUUUGCCGACACAAAUGACACAGUGGGUAGUGCUUUUGGUAGCAAGAUUCUGGGUUCAAGUAAAGCUGAUAUAGAACUUUCAGACGAGGAUAUGGUUUCUCUUUUAGAUGAACCAUUAAGUAAUGAAUGUAAUUCUGCUUGCAUUGCUCAGGAACUCGAAUAUCUUGGAGGAACGUAUGAUGGCACAUCAGAAUUGGAUGGAGUGGUCAGCUUCCCUUUAGCCACUGGCUCCUCUUUAAACCUGCAACUUUCCAAGAAAUCUGAUCGAAGUUUUGCAUUAAGACUAGUGUCCUUAACCAGAAAUAUCAGGAAGUCCAUGGAGAAUCAUGAAUUUUUAGCAGAAAUCCCUACAGAAUUAUUGAUAGGCCAUUUCACAGGCAUCGAGGUGAAUCUCAUCUACCAUUCUGUAAUAUUUUAUUCACUUCCUUACAUGUGCCUUGGAGGAGGAAUAUGGCUGCUUCAGACAGCACUUACCAAGUUAUUCGGGUUACUGCAGAAGUCUUAUGAAGGGAAAAUUGUGGGAGUUGUUUUAUCUAAUACUGAAUCAUAUGCAAACUUGGGCUCGUUGCUGAAUGUUAAGCUUUCAGCUCAUGGAGCUCGGUGGUUGGGUGAAGUUGAUCCACUUAAUGUAACAAUUGGAGAGGUGAUAUUAGUUAGGCGGAGUUUGGCUUGGAUAACUGGAAUUAUUCUUCUGGUUUCUACUCUAAUUGGGCUUUACUACUUGCUUUAUAUGCCAAUUACAAGGGACACCCUCCUUUAUUCCAAUGUAAAACUCGACUGAUUUGUCACAGAACAGGAAUUUUGGAGAAUCUAUCCCUGGUAAUUAUCACAUUCUCCUUCGUAUUUGCCUAUGUAUUCGCUUGGUCAAAUCAUAUAAGGGGCAUUAUAUUUUUCUUACAUUAUUUCUCUGCUACUGGAUGAGUCCGGUUUUAUAUGUAAUAGAAAUUAUUUUGUGUAGUCAGUUCUUGCAGUCAAAUAAAAAUAAGUACGAAUUACGAAUAA